AUGUUGUCGCCGUUUUCCGAAUAUGUUACAAGUUUCGGCAUAGACUCAACAAAACACACGCAUGAAUACAAGGAGGAUAAUGUAAAAAAUAAGCUGCAACAAAAGGAAGUGGUCGAGGAUUACACUUUACAUAAUCUCUUGGACCCCAAAGAGCAGUUUGAUAAUCAUCUUAUGAAAUUUGGGGAAAAUGAAAAGUUAAAGGUAAUCCUUCUGUUCAAUAAACCAGGCUUCGAGAACGAGACUACAACUAAUGAAAAGUUUAAGACCUGCGAGUAUAAUAACUGCCGGAUGACAAGUAAUAAAAGAUUAUUGAACACUGCUGAUGCAAUUUUAUUUGAUAUAUGUAACAGUGAUAUGGGAACUGAACCGCCGAUUGACAAGCAGAACAGGAAUCCUAAUCAGGCAUGGAUAUUCAAAUGCGUUGUUAGCAACUGCAAUACACAAAGUGCACGUGAUCAGUAUGUCGCUGACCUUCAGAGAUAUGGAGUAGAUGUUGAUGUUUACGGGAAAUGCGGACCUAACGAAAACAUUGAUAACGAAACGUUAAAUCGAAUAAUACCAAAAUACAAAUUUUACCUGGGAUUUGAGAACUCUUUAUGCAACGAUUAUAUCACGGAAAAGUUUUUCUUUUAUUACGACUUUAACUGGAUUGUUGUGGUUCGAGGUGGCGCGGACUAUGAUCAUCUGCUACCGACCAAAAGUUACAUUAAUACUGCCCACUUCUCAAAUGUGUCACUACUGGCCGACUACCUUUUGAAUCUUGGAAAUGACAAAGACAGAUAUAUUGACUUUUUGCGAAGAAAAGAUCGUUAUGAACAAAAGUACGAAUAUGGUCAUAAAUAUAGCAUAUGUGAAAUGUGUAGAAGGCUGAACAACGUAUCAGCGUUUCGGAAGACUUACAACAAUAUUCAGGACUAUCUUGAAAACGGACAGUGCCGAAUGCCUACAGAUGUCCAGUCUGUAUCAAAACCAUCAGCAUUUCUGAAUUAUGAACGCGUUUUCAGUUAGAGCAGAUAUAUGUUAAGUGAUAGAUAACAUAUUGCCUAUUUUCAAUGUAGAAUUUGUGUUUAGCAGGUCUGUGUACACUAGAAAAAAUUUCUUUAUAACUAUUUAUAACAUAUGGGGUAUAUUUCAAAAUAGCUGCCCACUUAAUUUUCUCAUCGCACAAACCAGUUUUGCUAUGUGAAAACAUUUGAGUAAAAUAAAAAACUAGGUUUUAAGAUCGGUUGUAGAAAUAUAGCGGUGUGCGUAAUCAUGGCAGCGUCUGAUGAAACUGGUCAGGUUCGUAAAAAAAAAUUAAUUCAGAUUUUAAAAAAUGGUUUUCAUUGAAAACAGCUAAAUAUUUUGCAACGAAGCUUGGCAGACGGUACAAUUACAUCAUUAUCUAUAAUACGAUAGAUUGCUUUCUAAAUAACUAAAAUUUGUCACGUGCCUAGUCAUUAUUCUAUUUUUUUAAAGAUAUCUUCUUAAAAAUUACAUUAAUAGCAUUAUCUGAUAUUGCUACUCAUUUUAUGCAAAAUCCUUUAUUCCAACUUACAGAAUGAAAUGCCAUAUUCAUUGUUACCCAUUUAAUUUGUCUUUUCUUUCAUAUUUGAUCACCAUACAUUUAAGAAAUAUUUUAAUCGGUCACUUUAAAAUAGAAAAUAUUUAUUUCAGAGGACGCAUUCUUCAUUUGUAUUUAUCAUGAGUGUGUGACAUUUUUGUAUUUUGGUGAAUGCUGCAAAAUGAUCACUUGCAGGCUAAGAUCAUUUUACAUGUAAGAUUUAUUGCAUACUGUUACAGUAUUAAAAUUGUAAAAUUGUCCGUAAAUUACAUGUCUGUUAUAUAACGUCACGGAGUCUGCAGACAGUAAUACAUACACAGUUAUUAUAGUGGAAAAAACUUAACAUUUAAUUACAAUAUAACUGAGACAUUUUACUGGAACAUUUUGAUAUGUAAAAAUUUUCAAAUUUAGUUAUUGAUAUAUAAAAUAAGUUUGAUAUUCCUUUUGUUGCA